UGUCACAUAUUUGCAGCGACAGCCAGACUUUAUCUUUCAAGUAAUAAACUUUUAAAAACUAUACUAAACUAAACUAAAAUUUGACAACACAGACAGUGGAAGUAUUAAAACUGCACAUCUAAACUGGUGUUGGCAACUACACAAAGGAUCACAUAUCUGUCAACUACAAGAAGUUUAAAGUUUGAUGUCUUUCUGAGUGGAAACCACAGCGUCUUGGAAUCAACGAUGGAGGACCUCCAAACAAAAGUUGUAAAAAUGUGUCAGUCAAGACAAGCCGACACAGAAAUACCAGAUGAAGAUGGUGCCUGCACUUCUGAUUCUUAUAGUUUCAAUUCUAUUGAUCAGACUAAAAAUGAUGCUGAUUUGGAAACUUCAACUGAGUUUAGUCAUUCAAAUGAACACUCUUUGAGCCUUGCUCUUAAAAUGGCCACAUCUUUGCAGCAGUCUUUCUGCCUUGGAAACAGUUCUGUUAUAGUGCCUGUUCAUCUACAGCUAACACAGGAUGUUCAACCCCAUAUUGAUGAGAGAGAGUUACAUCCCUUCAAUGUACCUGCUUCAAGCACCAUCUCCAUGCCUUUGGUUUUGGAGCAGCAGGUCCAUCAGUAUUUAAACUCCCAACCUCCACAUUCCUUACAUUCUUGCCCGUUUGCCAAUAUUCAAACAAACACCUUGUCCGAAAACUCACUUUUGAGUCAACCUCAGCAUACUGUCCUGGAGCCAGAAGCUUUGCUUUACAACAAAGAUGUUCCCACAUUUCAAAACCAAAGAACUGGCACAGCUUUGGAAGAUCUAAAACCAUUUCAGAAAAAUUAUUCUCCAGACCUACCAUUCCCUUUUGCUCCAAACUUCUUACCCAAUGAAACUGUGCCAUCACUGGUCCCUCCAGCCACUUUGUUGGUCCCGUAUCCAGUUGUGGUCCCACUUCCAGUGCCGUUACCAAUUCCAGUCCCCAUUCCAAUCCAAAUACCCCAGAGCCCAGACUCAAAAAUAUUCAUUAAAACCUCUAGAACUGGUACUACAAUGAACAAAAGCACUCAGACCUCCACUGAAGACUUGCCUACUAUCUCUUGUUGUGGUAGCUAUUCCGUAUUUCCUCCUACCCAACUGGUCUCUCAGGAUGAGGUGCUUGAUCUGUCACUUAAGACAACCCAAACUCAAACCAAGCAGGAACAUAUGUUAUCUGCUUCACCAAACACAGCCCUGGACCUAUCAGUGGCAAGAUCAAUUACUAAACGACAAUUCCCUUGGCAUGGCCUGAAAUCCAAUCGAUUAUUUAAUACAGAUUCAACUAAAGGUUCAUUUUUGGACAUUUGUCAACCAGUAAAGUGCUUGCAGAGGCUAAACCAUGAUGAUGUGAAUAGCCAAAGAUACUCCAGACAAAGUGCACACUUCAAAUGGACAAUAGGCGAAGGCAAUGGAAAGGUCAUCACACAUUCAAAUGAUGAGGCCCACAAUGGCAGAACUGUGAGCUCAACUCAAACUGUCAAAGUCAUUGUGUCGGCCACAGAGACGGUUCCUCCAAUUCUCUGUGACAAACAGAGAUAUUUUUCCAGCAUCCACAUGAAUCCAGAGAGCAGACAGGAUUCCCUGCCACAAGAGUGCUUUAGGAGACCUAAAACUCACAGUCUUUUCAGUGAACGACACCGACAGGACAGAACAGCCCAUUUCAAAAGGAGUAGGUCACAACACAUUCAAGGACACACUGCUCUAUAUAGUAAACAGCAUCUGGCUUCCUUUCUGCCCAGCAAAUAUAGCUGCAAAUAAGAAUACUUUGUUGAAUGAGAUUGUGAUUAUUAUUACAACACUUAUAAUUUGUUACUUUACAAGGACUAACAAACUUUACAAAUCCCCACUUUUAGCUCAAACAAUUAAUAGUCAGAGAGGUCAGAAUAUAGGUCUAAAAAAUGACAAAUGAACACUGAAAACAUUAUGUAAGUGUAAACUGAUGUACAUGCUUUAAGGACCCUUUUAAAUGUCACAUUUUAAGAAUAUUAUAAUCAAUCAUGUAAAUCAGUGGUUGUCAAUAAUUUAUUUGGUCCCACUUUAUAUUAGGUGUCUUUAAUUACUAUGUAAUAACAUUAAAAUACAUGCAAUACAACGCACUUAUUGUGUAACUACAUGUUGUUCUGCAAAAUUCUCACAAGAUUCACAUUUGCUGCUAUUGAGGUUGAGGUACGGAUAGGUUUAGGAGUAGGGUUAGGGGUUAGGGGUAAGGUUAACAGUGUAACUAAAGAUGUAAUUAAAUGCAGGUACUUUAAAUGUAAGCACAAUGCAACAACACGUAUUUAUAUAAUAAGUAAAUUGUAUCAAAUGCUUAAGUACAGACACCUCAUAUAAAGUGGGUUCAUUUUUUUAUAAAUUUUUUUGGUCACGCCAUAUGUCCAGUCCAGCACACAUGCAAGAACUUCUUAGGCCGAAAUAUACUCUAUGCAAGUUUGUGAACGCCGGCGCUUCUAGCUACACAGGCUUGAUUUUGUGUGUUGUUGCAUUCCACAAUGUGUCAAACCGCAAGUACGUGUUGUAUUCUUAACAUUGCAGCAAGGGGCGCUAUAGCGGACAUUAGUGUUAAAUGUUCACUUCUACGGUAUAUUUUCUCUUUCAACUCAACUACUGUCAUGGCGGAGCAACAAUUUGAAAAGAAUAUUGCUAAGCCAGUAAGUCAAAGUCAAUAUUUUUAUACAAAUUUACCUAAAUAUUAACACAUCCAGUUUAACUGCACAUGUGUUUAAAGGUAACUCUAUCGCCCCCUUGAGUCCCGAUGCUUGUUAUCACAACAGUAACGCAAGAACGCAAGUUAAGCAUGUUCAACCAGACCGCGAGUUGGCAAUAGGUGUUCGACUUCAUGCAGCGCUGCGCAGACUUGAAGCAGUGUAUGUCGGUUAGAAAUUUUGUCUGACUUGAGACGAUGUAAUCACCGCGUCACUGUGACGUAUACAAUCAAAGUACUGCGAGAGCGAUUCGAGACCAGACAUCUGGCUCAUCCGGUGCAGUUUCUCCAGAGUAGCUUGCGAUUGGCUAGACUCAAAAGUGACAACGUAUACACGUGUUUCAUGGGCUGCGUUCGCAGUGGCAUACUACGCAUACUACUCUUGAUUUAUCAAUCUAUGGGAGAAAUAGUAAGAGUGGUAUGCCAUUACUGUGUGUUCUGACACCUCCAGUUCUGCGAAAACUCUCACAAAUCUGUGUUUUUAUAACAGUACAUCAUGUUUAUAUCAUGUUAUAUUAUGUCAUAGUAAUACCAUGCUUAUUCAAAAAGAUACUGACUCCUUUUUUUGGUAUUUAACUAUACGGCUUUUAUUGGACUUUCAGCUUAACGAGUCUGUUUUAAACGGAGGUCAUAGCCAGCUACAAAGGGGCGGGCCAGCAUAAGUGGGCUGUACAAGUGGGGCAUACUUGCAGCAUAAACUCCUCCCUUGGAGGCGAGGCCCUCCCACUUGAAGGUCUCCAGUCUGCAGCUAUACAUACUUGGGCUUGACGGCUCUCUUUUCAACUCCUCCCCUGAUUGCUAUGGAGAUAUAUAUGUGCCAAAAUUCUGUACGUGCAAAAUAAUAUUUUGAGCGCACAAAAAUGUUCAGUGCAUGCAAGAUUAUAUUUUGAGCACGCAAGUUGAUAUUUUGAGUGCAAAAAAAGAAUUUUUGAAUGCGCAAGAUUACAUUUUGAGUGCACAAAAAUGUUCUGCGCUUGCAAGAUAAUAUUUUGAGCAAACAAAAAGUUAUUUUGCACACGCUUGAACUCAGUUUUGUAAAGCAAUGUAUCUUCUUGCAAAGAUUAAUACAUUUUUUGCAUAUUUAAGAUCUCACUCGCUCCUCGUAUGCACUUUGCGUGCGCUCUGAACUUUAGACUGCCCGCUUGCUUUUGCACCGGUAUUCCGACAAGUCCCGCCUCCUAUGUCAGGAUUGGCUAUUAGGAGCUGCUUACAAGCACUCUGUGAUUGGACAGUUGAGGUAGCUACAGCAGUAUGAACAUCUCAGUGUAAAUAUUACAGAAGAGCCAACAGGCACAAUGCUCCAAGUUCAGUACACAUUUUAUAUACUGCAUGCAGUUAUCAUUACAAAAGAUAUUUACCCCAUGGAUUAUAGACAUACCAGGAGUACUGUAAGGCUUAACUUACUGCAAUGUAAAUUUUUCAAAAUAUAGUAGCUUGGGAUCAUGCAAUAUAAGGAGUUCUUUCAAUUAUGUUUUAUUUUUAUUUUUUUGCAGUCUCAAACAACUGAUAUUCAAUAUACUGUACAGUUAAUUUACCCCAAACUAUGACAGGAGACAUAAUUAUCCUCUUUUCCUUUUCUUCUGUUUCUUCUCAUUAAUCAUUUUUGUCAUAAGGGUUGUGGUAGAAUGCAUAAACUUCAUAAAAACAGCAUACUGAACAUUUCAAGAUACCCCACAGCUUUGAAAUGCAAACAUAAACAGCUUUUCUAAUUUAUUUUCAAUAGGAUAUGUUAGUUUAGGCAACAUUUACAAUACACAAGGCUGAAGAAAAAAUGGGAGAGGACACACUGAAGAAGGUGGACAAUAUUAAAUGUUUAUUAAAGAAAAUAAUAUUCAUGUAAUAAUAACAAAAAGAAGACUUAGAUGAUCCAUGGUAGACUGUAACCUGGUCAUGUUAAUUUUAAUAAACUGAUCUCUCAGAAUAUCCUUUGGGAUAGAUAGAAGUCAAAUUAAGUUCCCACAAAACUACACUAUUACGAUUUACAAUGUAGUUUUACACAUGGGAGAGACUAUAUUAAUAUAAUUUCAGAUUAAAGUGGUAGCUAACAUGGCCAAGCUAGUAGCUACGUAAGUGUAACUUGGUUACCUAGAUAACCUAACACUAGCCAAGAGAACCAAAUACUAAUAUAGACCAAACUAAGAGAGCUAGACAGAUAGUUAUCUAGCUAGUAAGCCUAUUGGCAGUGUACAGACUAAAAAUAUAUAUUUCAUUAAGGUUAAAUAAAAGCAGUUAAAUCUACACUAUGUAACUUGUUUUUAAAAAAAAAAAAAAAAAAAAAAAAAAAAAACUAAAUGUUAUUAAUGAGAGAGUGCAACAAAAAUCCAUCUUCCAAACCAUGUCUUUACCCAAAUACGCUUUGAUAAACCUAUAAUAAUGAUUUAUAUUUUAGAGCUGUCGGGAUGGAUUUUGCAGGAUAUUGCAUACAUACGUCAUUCGCCCGUGCGUGUUCACAUCAUAUCCGUACACAGAGAAAAUCAGCUCCAGCUACUGUAGCGCAUGUGUGGGAGUAGUGUGAAGCUGAAAGUUUGUUGUCACAAUGAACGAGAAAAAUUGACCAUGGAUCAUUCAAAACAGCAAACCUCCGGGGAAUCACCAGUUGUAAAAUCAAAGAAACCCCAAACAGAGCAGAGUCUACAAGCAAAAAGAGAAAGCAACAGAGUCCGUAAUAAAACCCAAAUUAACAUCGGCUUUUCAGAGGUGGCGACAACUCCGAUAUAAAUAAAUCCUUUAGUCUUAGGCUUGCCAAGAACAUGUGAGUCUUGAAAUGAUGUUGACCACUGGUUGGGAACAAUGACAAUCUAUAAAUUAGUUACUACCGUGGUCUAUUUGGCCAGAAUAUCCUGCAGUUAUAAAAAUUUACAAUGUUUGACCUUAUCAUACUAGCAAUCGUUAUGUCUAAUGUUAACGAAUGUUACCUGACUUUUGUAAAGUCAAUCAUUUCAAAACAUCAAUGUUUUCAAAACAACAGCAUAAGAUAUGUCACUUACCUGCUCAGGUGACAUGUUUUGGGAUAUCCUUCUUUUCAGCCUUUCUUUCAUUAUUUAUUUGUCCAUUCGCUCUGAUAAGAUGUCCUGUAUCCAGUGUACACCGUUGCCUCAAAGCACAUUCAUCCGUGCAGAGGAGCAGAGCCGAAGCACGACUUUAGUCAUUACCAAAACAAUGUUCUUCCGCAAGACACAUGCAGUUUUAUUUUUUAACCGCUAGAGGGCCAAAAGUUACAUAGUGUAGCUUUAUUUCAACAAAAGAACUGAUUUUGUGGUCAUAGUGUUACACAUUUCCUUUCUUGAAAACAACUAUCCAAUUCUCCUUUUGCUCCUGUUUUGAUUAGCAGUUUGAUCUGUGAUCUAGCCAGCCAAUCAAAAUUGACCACCUCAUCUCUGAUUGGUUGAAAUUCUGGCACAUUAUAAUGCUGUAAAUUUGUUAAGCAAGCAAGUGAUCAAAGCUUUGAGCGCAUGCAGAAUGAGUAGUAGGAGAGAGUGAGAUCUUGCACAUGCAAAAAACAGUGGAGUUACACAAAUUUCAGAAAUCUGUGCAAAUUCACAUUCAAAGAAACUUUAUUCAAGCACGAAAUAGAUUUUUGUUUGUGCAAAAUGAAUUCAUCUUUGCACGAAGAUAUAUUGCUUUACAAAACUGAGAUCAUGCACGUACAAAAGACCUUUUAAUGCACUCAAAAUAUCAUCUUGCGCGCGCAGAAUUGUGGCAGACAUAUAACUCCAUACACUAAAACUGGCAAAUCUCACUGAUCGGUAAAUCGAGAUGCAGUUCAAGUCGAAAACACAUAAUUUGUUGGGUAAGCACUUGCAUUUCCAUACGCAUAGUCUGUGUAAAUUAUGUUUCUGGCCUAAAAUUAACAUAAGACACAUUCGAUACCACCCAGAUAGCACACAUACAUCUCAGAUAUGUCUGUAUUAGAUUUUAAAAGAUCAGAUUUAAAAACAUUCUAAAUCAUAAACAUCUCAAAGACACCUGCUGAAUGUCUUUUUGACAUCUGAGACAUACUUACAGAGCUGUUCAGCCGUAACAUGAAUUUGGUCUGUGGCAGGGGCGUAGAAAUCAUCUCAAAAGUGAGGGGGACAGAAUGUUUAGCGCAAGACGAAAAUAAAUAUAUAAGAUAUAUAUUUUUAGAGCUGUCAAUUGAUACGUUUUUUUAAUCUAAUGAAUUACGUGAUUGACCAGUGAAUUUUAACUUUUCCAUUUACACAUUUAGACAUUUGCUGUAUGAUAGACACAGCACAUAUGCCCCAUGAAAAAGUGAGGGGGACACGUCCCCCGCGUAUUCUACGCCCUUGGUCUGUGGUAAACAUUACUUGACGAUAUGUGGAUGUUUCGUUCCACAACAUAAAUUACACACAGUCAUACCUGAAAC